CGAAAUCAAAACACCAACAUUCAUAAUUCACCACGUCCAUUAGGACAUAUUGCAAGUGAUGGCUUGCUUACUAACGGCAAUAUAGGUAUCAGACAAUGCUACGAGCACCCUUUUAGCAGCCACAUCAAGAACAACCCUCCGGCAUCUCUCACCUGCCUCGGACGCUCCACAGCUUCUAUGACCUAGAACUGGACGAGCAGCCACAUCGUGUGACUUACCUUUCUCAAUAAACUUCUCAAUGGACGUUCGCCCUUCGAGCAUAUUGUGAGAGUUUUCUUAGGUCUAUGCCCACUGGCCAUUGGCAAUGGGCGAUCAACAACAUGAUGGCGCAUCACAUUCACAGACCGGCAUAGUUGCUGCGGAGCUGGACGAGGCUCAAGACAGAGGCCGACCUUUACUCAGAGAUUUGCAACAGCACCAGUCCACCUCCAUCUUGCCAUCAGAAGAUCAUCCAUCUCGAACACGUGCUCGAGUAAGAAAUCGUCCUUAGCAUGGUCGGUCAUCAAGUGCUGGUACUCCCAUCAGAGCCCAGUCCCGCUUCACUUCACCGGACCGGUUCAUUCCUCAGAGACCUUUGCAUGUCGACAAACGUUCAUCCUACCAGACAGCCAAGUCUUAUACACUCGUUCAAGGUCAGGAAAGAGAUGAGAGGCGAAGGGAUGAGCUGAUCGACCCCUUCCGUUCUGCUAGUGAGACAAGGUCCGAGUCGUUGGCCAGGCAGAGACAGGGAUAUAACGCCUACAAUCUCCGACCUCCACGUUAUACCCCGUCAUUCGUCCGCAACGCGGAUGUCUCGUCGAUGCAUCCCGAUGGACAAGGAGGGUUUGCACCAUUGCGUCGUGUCAGCGGCGGCUUCUGGACUGUGGGAGGUCAAAUGACAAUACACCUUGGACAGCUACAAGGCGUCACUUCUGCUACUGGGGGACUGAUAGCCAGCGGAACGACUGCCCCACUACAUCCAGCUUCAUUUCUGAACCAGGACACAAGUGAUGAUCAGACUGCUGGGCAUGAACGCCGUCUUGCUCUCGCUCUUGACAUCGAUCAAAGAGGUCGCAUCUUGCCCCAGACUUCGCCAUCGCGGGAGAACACGCCGAACCUUGCACAAAAGCCUCACAGGUUCGAAUGGAGAGACAACAGUUGGACUCGACACGCAACCGGCCCCUUUCUAGCCUUAAACAGUGCAGAACGUCGACAAUCUCCGAGCGCAAAGUUUCUGCCAUCAGUUCCUUUCCGAGUGCUCGACGCUCCUCACAUGAAGGAUGACUACUACUGCAACGUUCUUGCGUACAGUCAUACUUGUCAUACGUUAGCUGUUGCUCUAGAACAAAAAGUGUUCCUGUGGAACGAGCAGUAUGGCGUCCGCCACCCUCCUUUGGCCCCUACUCGAAACACCAAUUUCGUGAUUUCUUUGGCCUUCUCAUCUGAGACUGGUGGCAAAGCCAUCCUAGCCGUUGCUCGGAAUGGUGGCACUGUCACUCUUUGGAGCUUGCUGGAGGCAAGACCUCGAUUUGAGGCACCCCACUCAUAUGCAGCCACAUGUUUGGCCUGGAGACCGACUGUAACACAUCGUGUCUCGGUAGAUUCAGAUGAAGUUGUACCUUGUGAGGAUCUUCUGGUCGGUGAUGAUUCUGGUAACAUAUACUAUUACUCGCUGGAGUGGCCUGAGCACGCCUCAGGGUCGAUGUCACUCCUCGCAAAAGUUGAUGCUCACACUCAGAACGUUUGCGGGUUGGCAUGGUCUCCAGACGGCGAGUUGUUUGUGUCUGGUGGAAACGAUAACCAGGCAUUCCUCUAUGACCCAAAGAUCAUAAUCGAGACUCAAAACGACAUGGAUUCCACCAGCAUAGCCGUUGAAACCCCUCCCCUUCCAGCGACUCCCAUCAGUCGGUCUGUUUCAAUAACAUCGGGCCUGCUGACUCCACCAGAAAGCGCGGGCAGGAGGUCCCCGAGAGAGAAUAUGAUAGCUGAUGUGAUCGCUGGGCCUUCUGGGCAUACAGGUAUCCGUGGACCCGAAACUCCACCUCCCAGCCCUACACGGCGUGGAAGGUCUCCGGGGCGUCUACGGGCUCCAAAUGGUCAAUGGUCGAUGAGCCAGGAUACUCCUCUGAGGAACGGACUGCCUCCUGUCCGAAAUGGUUUGGCAGAUCCUUGUGUUCCUGGAUUGGUGGAUGUGCAUGUGUACUCAUUCUAUCAUUCCGCCGCCGUCAAGGCUAUAGCUUUUGCACCAUGGCAGCCAAGUCUUCUCGCUACAGGGGGAGGUAGUAACGAUCGACAGAUCCAUUUUUUCCACACAGGUUCAGGAGUUACUCUGGCGUUGAUCAACGUCUUCUCUCAAGUCACGAGCCUGGUAUGGAGCACCACCCGACGGGAAGUCGCAGCGACCUUUGGAUAUUCCCAGCCCGAGCAUGAGAUUAGGAUUGCUGUCUUUAGCUGGCCUAGCUGUGAAUGUGUCGUGAGCAUCCCCUGGGAGCGGAAACAGGAUGGCGAGUUACCGCGCGCAUUGUGGGCCAUUCCGUACCCUGGGGGGCCAAAUGAUGCUACAUCCAGUCGGAGACGGGACAACUCUUCCGACGGCUCUUCGACAUGGGAGACUGUACAAGAAAGAGAACGGCAACGGAGAAUCGCAACCGCAAUGACCCCACGACGUCGUGGCAGUCCUGCUCCUGGCCUGGAUGCCGUCCCACGUACUAAUAGGUCAACAACAACAUCGACGUCGUGGAGCCGGCCUCGAGACACCGGCCGAAGAGACCUUCGUGGGGAGGGAGAGCCGUGGGCAAGUCGAACCGAGGAAGAGGGCAGCCUGAUCAUCGCCUGUUGUGACUCGACGGUCAAGUUUUUCGAGGUUUGGGCCGGGAAGAGCAAGGGCAAAGGUCGAGGUCUCGGGAACCGAGAUAGGGUCCUCGGUGGAAGUCGUGUGCUUGAAGGCUGGUGUGAGCGUGUCGGUGUCGAUGAGAUUGACUCUGGCGAGGUUAUUCGGUAGUCGUCGUAAUACUACUGCCAUUCAUCCUACGGAGGAGUAUCAGGAGGUUACAGCGCGGUGGAUCACUCACUCACUACCUGCUUGAGAGAACAGGAAGGAGAUGGGUUAUGGAGAAGAUUGGGCAAUUAGUUUAUCGGUAACAUGGACAGGGAGUAUUCAUAACAUAUUGCAUAUGGAAACGAUGGAUGCCAUCCAUACUGGCAUAGGGUCAUUUCUCAAAAAGAAAAAUCUGC